GUAAGGUGCAUGAUUCAGUGUCACCUAGUUUUAUGCCAGGACAAGAUGGGGUAACAAGGCUAAUACAUAUAGCUCCAGAUGCUGUGUUUCAAGAUUUAGAUGAAACAUUUGUUGUAGAAGAUGACGCCAUACAAGCUACUGAUAAACUGGGUCAAGGUGCUUUUGGUACGGUGUCAAAGGGCAUACUGAAAAGGAGUGAGCAUUUGGUGAUAGAUGUUGCUGUGAAAGUACUGUAUGAUCCUAACAAUAAAGAACGCAGAAAGACUAAUCAGACAAGUCAGAUUUGCCUAGAGACAAUAUGUGCAGCAUAUACCACAGCGAGGCAGGAAGUAAGCAUCCUGCAGACAGUAGAACAUCCACAUAUUGUACCACUUCUUGGUCUCUCCAGGCGUCCUCUUGCCCUUAUACUUGCACUUGCACCUCUUGGUUCUCUCCAUAGCAUAUUUGAGGAUAGACAUAAAGAUGGGCUUCGUCUUCCUGUUUGGGUAAUAAGACAGGUUGUUAUUCAGGUUGCAGAUGCUUUAGAUUAUAUCCACAGUCGCAAUAUAAUAUAUCGAGAUCUCAAAUCUGACAACGUUCUUGCCUGGAAUCUACCAGGACCAAAUGAUCUUGACCCUAGACAACCCGUUCUUGUGAAAUUAGCAGACUAUGGCAUAAGUAAGUCUGUGUUGCCAGGGGGAACUAAAGGUUUUGGUGGAACGCCACCUUUUAUAGCGCCGGAGAUAUUGAUGCGUACUGGAAGAGACACUUAUACAGAAAAGGUUGACAUAUUUUCAUUUGGGAUGUUCAUGUUUGAAUUGUUAACAUGUCGGCAGCCAUUGACAGAGAUAAACAAUAUCAAUGUACAUGUAGUACAUGGAGGACGACCUACACUGAAGACAGAGGAAGCCUUCUUACCUUCUCAUAUGUUAGACCUGAUGAGUAUUUGUUGGGAUCAAGACCCUCAUAACCGUCCAUCUGCUGCACAUAUACGUAUGAUAGCCAGUAGUCCACAAUUCUGUCACCUUAGUGAUGCUAUUACCAUGGAAACAAAAUCAGAUGUACUAUCUGCAUGCUCUGUAUUUGUAGAAAACAUGGGCUUUUCAGAAACUAGUGUUCAUAGUAAGUCAUUAAUAAUUAUAAAUGGUAUACUUCUUUAUUUAAUUAGUUAGAUGUAUGUACACAGU